CUUUCUCUUAUAAAAAAGAACAAACCCUCUGGAAUGGAUCGUCUUUCUGUUUCGUUUCGUGCUCUUUAAUCCAAACCACCACUCCAUCUCCAUAUACUUCCCCAUUUCUCGACUCCACUCCUCGCCGUAGGAAAAUUUUGAACGGCCCCAGAAAUCGCUGAUCUACGAUUCCGAGUGAAUUCAGUUUCUCCUUCGUAAUGGCUUCUGCAGCUACAAUGGUAUUGGACCUGAAGCGGUUAUCAGAGCCGUCGCCGUCGCCGUCGUCCGUCCUCCAAUCCGUCGAGGAGGAGGACCUCUACGCCAAGCUGAAGUCUCUGCAGCGUCAACAUGAGUUUAUCGAAAUCAAGGAGGAGUAUGUUAAAGAUGAACAGAAGAAUCUCAAGCGCGAGCUCCUCCGGUCCCAGGAAGAGGUCAAGCGGAUCCAGUCGGUGCCGUUGGUUAUCGGGCAGUUCAUGGAGAUGGUCGACACCAACAACGGUAUUGUUGGGUCGACCACUGGCUCGAACUACUAUGUGAGGAUUUUGAGCACGAUUAAUCGGGAACUGUUGAAGCCCUCGGCUUCCGUAGCUUUGCACCGCCAUUCGAAUGCUCUUGUCGAUGUGCUGCCUCCUGAGGCCGAUUCGAGCAUCUCGCUGCUCAGCCAGUCGGAGAAGCCCGAUGUUACUUAUAAUGAUAUUGGAGGAUGUGACAUCCAAAAGCAGGAAAUUCGUGAGGCUGUGGAGUUGCCACUGACUCAUCACGAGUUGUACAAGCAAAUUGGUAUAGACCCACCCCGAGGUGUGCUGCUCUAUGGUCCCCCUGGUACUGGGAAAACUAUGCUCGCUAAGGCUGUUGCAAAUCAUACUACAGCAGCUUUCAUUAGAGUUGUUGGCUCUGAGUUUGUCCAGAAGUAUUUGGGAGAGGGCCCACGUAUGGUUCGUGAUGUCUUUCGUCUUGCCAAAGAGAAUGCGCCUGCAAUUAUUUUCAUUGAUGAGGUGGAUGCUAUUGCCACGGCUAGGUUUGAUGCCCAAACAGGAGCUGAUAGGGAAGUUCAGCGUAUUCUGAUGGAGCUCCUGAAUCAGAUGGAUGGCUUCGACCAGACUGUUAAUGUCAAAGUUAUAAUGGCAACUAAUCGUGCUGAUACUCUGGACCCUGCACUCCUUCGUCCUGGAAGGUUGGACAGGAAAAUUGAGUUUCCUUUGCCUGAUAGAAGACAGAAGAGGCUCGUCUUCCAGGUCUGCACUUCUAAGAUGAAUCUUGGUGACGAGGUGGAUUUGGAGGAUUAUGUGUCAAGGCCAGAUAAAAUUAGUGCUGCUGAGAUUGCAGCCAUCUGCCAAGAAGCAGGGAUGCACGCUGUACGUAAGAACAGAUACGUGAUACUCCCCAAGGACUUUGAAAAGGGAUACCGUUCCAAUGUGAAGAAGCCCGACACAGACUUCGAAUUCUACAAGUAGAAAGACCAACUUUUUACCUGCUGAUGUGGCUGGCUGGACUUAAAUUAUAUCGUUGAAUCAAGAGGAUUAAGGGAGCCUCCCUGGCUCUUAAAGAAGAUGAACUACUCUACUGGUGCAGUUUGUGGCCAAAAAGAGGAACUUUGUGUUGGGCAAACUUCGUUGCCUGCGGAUAGCGUUUGUUAGAAGUGAAUGCAUUCCGACUUUCAGUUGCUCAAUUUUAUAUCAAGCUGUGUCACAUGUUAGUAAGUAUGGCCAUCUGCUGUACCAUUCGAUUUUCUUUUGCUCUUAUCAUACUGUUGCUGAGCCUUAUUUAUACGGUUGGCACUUGGCAUGUGGCACGUCAGCAUCUCUUUUUCCUUGUGUACUGUAAGUGUAGCAGGGACUUGGCAGCAUUUCUUCUCUAUUAAAUCCAUGCGUAUGCGUUUGCUCGUCACUUUAUGAACUGCUUGCAGCUUGCUGUUUUGAUUCCGUUGGCAGAUGAAUCCACGGAUGCCAGGAAGGUUGGUUUUUCA